UAGAACAUCACCCAAAUCUCUCUUUCCUGCUAAGAGUGCUUGGGUGAUCGACAGAAUGAAAUGCACCACUUUCCUUCUUUUUAACUGUGAGGGAAGAUGCGAACAAAAGAUCUCUUUAAUUCACGAGUUUCUAGGAUUUUUUUGGAAAGGAAGUUUGUCCGAAGGCUGGUUUACAAAUGUUCUGUGGUUGUCUGGUGUGGAGUUUGAUCUUCAAGAAGAGCUUGAGGGAUUUCAAACAUUUCUGCCUUUGGAGAAUCUCGUCGUCAAGCUGUUCAACGAGUUUUACCUCCUUAGAAACAAGGAGAAUCUACGCAUUUCUUACGCGGCGGAGCGAACUCUUCUAUUGUGUUGCAUUUUCUCUGGCGGCGUAGCAGCACCCCCUCAUGGGAAGUUUUCGGCAUAAGAGUUCCAUAAAGGUUUUCAGCCUAGUAAGCCCAGCAAUCAUCAGUUCUUCGAUGUGUGGGGUCCUGUGCCCUCAAGUUGAAGCUUUCUGUUGGACACCAGUUGCGAACAAGAUUAUCAUGUUGGGUUCACUUGCAAUGGAGGAAUUUCUUGUUGGGGUCCCUCCUCAUGUGGAGGUGGGACCCACAUGGGUGGGCCUAAGUAGCCUUUUAUUUCCAAGUGUGUGGGGGUAUUUUGGUCUUUUGGCCAAGCAAGUAAAAUGAGAGAAAAGAUGCCUGUUGCUAAGAGAGUUCUAGCAACAUUUGUGGUCUUUCUUUCUUGGAGAAAGAGAGGAAAAAUAAGAAAAGAGAAGGGGUUUUGUAGGAGAGAAAGAACAAGAGCAUUCUACCACUGAAAUCUUCGCAUCCAGGUUCAUAAAAGUCCAUCCACAAUGCUGGUUUCUUCGAUUGUCUUCUCAAAGGGUUUUGUUGGGAGUUUUCUACUAACCCUAGUUGGUGAAAGAUUUGUUUCCUUCAUUAUUGCAUGUAAUCCACCUUUGGGUGAUAUGGUUUCGGUAUCUAAGAAAUGUCUCUUGAUGAUUGUGCUUCCAUUAUUUCUAUUGUAGUGAAUUUGUGCUGGACUAGGUCCCGUUGUUUUUUCCUUCACAUCAGAGGAUUUUCCACAUAAAAAAUUUUAGUGUCCCUUGCAUCCUACGUGUUUGAUGUUGCUUGUUUGUCUUAGAAGUGAUUUUCAUCCUUUAAAUCUUUUAUGUUAUUAAUCUUA